AUGAAUUUAGGGAGUACUACCACAUCCUCAUCAUCUGCAGUCCUAACAAAUAUAUCUUUUGAUUCAGGCUGGAAUCAAAUACAAGAAGAAGCAAUAAAUCCUUUGGAGGAUUUCUUAAGCAAACAAGAAUACUCAGUAAAGAUAUGUAAACCUAUUUUUACAGCCCAACAAUAUUCACGUAUAUACACUUUGAUAUAUAAUAUGUGUACUCAAAAAAGUCCUAGAAACUGGAGCUGCAAACUAUAUGGUAAGUACUGUGAAACUAUAGACAAAUAUUUAAGAGAGAAGAUACUACCAAGGCUUCAGGGCUGUCCAGGUCCUGAAUUAUUAAGAGGAAUUACUGCUGCUUGGGAAAAUCAUUAUGUGUACAUUCAUUGGAUGGAAAGGUUCUUUGGCUACUUAAAUAGAUACCACGUCAAAUUAUGCGGUGAAGGUAGUCUUGAGGCAAAAGGAAUGGUCAUAUUUUAUGAGUCCUUAUUUUCACAUUUAAAAGAUGACAUAGCAGUAGCAUUUGGAGAAGCUAUUGAGAACGACAGGAGUGGUAUAAAGUUAGUUUCAGACCAGGUUUUACAGGGAGUUGUAAAUUUGUGUUCAGAACUUGGAAGAAAAGGAAAUAUUCCAGAAGUCUAUGAAAAUGACAUUGAAGGUAUUUUAUUAACGGCUCUUACAAAACACUACUGCUCUAAGGUCGAGGAAUGGCUUGAGAAAGAUACAAUGUGGAGAUAUCUACAACGAGUAGAUUGUGUCUUUAAUGAUGAAGAAGAACGUUGCAAUCGCUGCUUAGAUGAAGUAACUAUUUUAAAGUUUCGUAGAACCUUAAUCCAGAUUUUAUUAUCAAAUCCAUUAAAGAAACUAUUAGAGAAAGAUACUGGAGUUCACUAUAUGCUUGUAAAUAAAAAGUAUGAUCAACUGAACCUUGCUUACAAACUAUUUUCAAUGAUUAAUGAUGGGAUUAUUACCUUAUCAAACUACUUUAAACUUUAUAUCCUAGAAUGUGGCCAAGAUGUUAUAGAUUUUUACAAAACUUUUCAGAAUAACAUUGGCAACUCAAUUAAUACAAUGAAUAAAUUAACUAUACCAAAUUGUCCUUGGAUAGAUGGUGAGAUUGUUUGUCCACUCACUAGCAUAACAGUUGAACUCCAGUGUAUACAAACAAUGUUAUAUUUAUAUGAUUACUCACAGUCUAUCAGCUUAAAGUGCUUUCAACAGGAUCCUCAAAUACAAAAGGCGAUAAAGGAAGCAUUUGAAAUCAUUAUUAACCGAGAUAUUGGGACUUAUAGCCAAGUUCAACUAAUUUGUAACUAUUGUGAUAGAUUAAACAAAAAGGGUGGAAUUCAGAACAAAUAUACACAAACCUAUAUACAAGAACUAAUCAGAAAGCUUAUUGAACUUUUUUCUUAUAUACAUGACCAGGAUUACUUCUUGGAAAUAUACAAACUUCAACUAGCAAAACGUCUCUUGUUAAAUAAUGUGCAAUCUGAAGAAAAUGAACUUCUUUUCAUAUCCUUGCUCAAAAACAAAUGUGGACCAAGUUUUACAAUUAAGUUAGAAGGUAUGCUUCAUGAUAUGCAAUUAGCUUUAGAUUUAAAUAAAAGAUAUAAGAGCUACCAAGAUGAAAUGAAAGUACUCAAUCCUCAAGCAAUGGAGCACAAGAUAUUUCCUUUAAUGGACUUUUCAGUUAAUGUUUUGACAAUUUCUACCUGGCCAUCAUUAAUGGUCUCAGAUUUAGAACUACCAGAGGAAAUGCAGCAAUAUACUAGACAUUUUGAGGAGUUUUAUCAUAAAGAGACUACGCAUCGGAAAAUUGUUUGGGUUCAUGGAUAUGGGCAAUGUAUUAUUCUUGGGACUUGGUGUCCUGAUGAUGGUAAUUAUGAAUUUCAUUGCAACACUUUUCAGGCGUGUAUACUAUUAUUAUUCAAUCAUUAUAAAGAACUUUCAUUUUCUCAGAUACAAUCUCUUUUAAAAGUAGAUGAAACUAUAUUAAGAAAGCAUAUAGCUUCUUUAACAAAACCUGAUAUAAAGAUUCUUAAACAAAGUUUCAAAGAUACUAGUGAAACAGAAACUGAAUAUUAUUUUCAGAUAGAUAAUGAUUUCACUUCUCAAAAUAGAAAAAUCCGAUUGCCAUUUCCUGUUCAAGAGGAAUUCACCUUUAAAACAAGAAUAGAAGAAGAUCGUUCUCAUACAAUUGAAGCUGCUAUUGUAAGGAUAAUGAAAAAUAAAAGAGAAAUAUCUCAUAGUGAAUUAGUGAACGAAGUUACUAAUCAACUAAAGUCUUUUAAACCUAAUGCUAAAUAUCUUAAAAAUAGAAUAGAUUAUCUUAUUGAAAGAGAAUACAUUGCAAGACAUCAAGAAAAUCCUCUCAUUUAUAUUUAUAUUUAA